GAAACUCCUUUAACUCGCUUGCUUCAGGAUAAAAUUACAUCGCUUGUUAUUGAUACUAUUCUAUCUGAAGAUACAUUUACAGAAGGUGCGAAGCGUGCAGAUGUAUUUGCCUGCAUUUUAAUUUUAUUCUCAAAGUUAGAAUGUCUCCACUCUGGGUCAAGUGAUUGGGAUCAACCAUUAUUUCAAAUUCCUGCAACUAUUUCUUCUUCAACUCUGCUAGAAUUGCAUGUUAUAUUGGAAACAUUUACCGAUUGUCUGUAUUUACUUGACGGUCGUUUCAACUCACUUCAAAAACUUUUCGUUGAUGUUUGUCGAAUAGUAUCUCCACGGAUAAUAAUCGAUAAUCAGGUGAAUUACACAGUUUAAUAUCGAAUGAAGUAAAAUAAAAUUAAUUUUUUUUUUCUAGAAACAAAUACCCAAUCUAAAACAUUUUUGCUCUAUAGUGAACGGGAUACAGAUAAGUAUAAUGAAUUGAUUGUACCACUUAUAUAUCGAAUGAUCAAUCUAGAAGAACUCAAUUUACAUCUUGUUGUCUAUUGUGAGAAAAGAUUUAUUGAUGAUUAUGAUUUAAAACGCAAUAUUAUCAGUCAUUUAUUACAAUUAAAUAAAUUUGUAUUUAACAUACAAUCACGUUUGCCUCUAAAUGAUCAGGCUUAUUUAUCAUCAAAUGAACAUUGUCAACGUUCAUUCAAUGGGUUUAAAAAUAAUAAAAUAAUUUCUUGUGUUGAUUAUUUCCCAGAUCGCAAAGAAGGUCAUUGUCAUAUUUAUUCAUAUCCAUAUCCAGCAAAAUAUUAUGAAUAUAUUACAAAUAAUUUCCAAGAUGGAUUGUUUAAAUAUGUUCGUGAAGUCUCAUUAUAUGACGAACGUCCUUUUGAACAUGAAUUCUUUAUAAAAAUUGCUAAAUCCUUUCCAUUUAUGGAAAAAUUAACUGUAUACAAUAAUAAACCACAGAUGAACAAAUUUGAUGAACGAUCAAAAGAUGAUAAUCGACAUUUAUCAGUUAUUCAAUAUCCUUAUCUUCGUCUACUUGAUUUGUUUGAUGCUCAUGAUGAUUAUGCGGAACAAUUUCUACUGGAAUUUAAAACGUGUUUACCAAUAAAACUCGAUUUACACGUUUACUUUUCAACUUUGCGUAGAGUAACACACAAUUUUACUUGCUGA